GCACAGUGAAUGAAUAUUUUAAAGAAAUCGAAAGUGAAGAAAACUGACCUUCAAUAAAUGAAAAAGAAAAGUUUUUUAAUUUAAAUAAAUAAUUUGUGUUAAAUUUAGCAAAUUAAACUGUGGCGAUUAAAUUUUAAACAAAUAACAAGGUUACACCAAGAUUAAAAGAACAACUUUAUGAAAUAACAUUAUAUUAUAUUGGAUAUUCUGCAAACAAAUAAGGAUAAUUCUGAUGUACCCUACAUGGAUUUGUAGUGAAAUAUAAAAAGACGUUACACAACAAACUCAAACUAUGUUUCCUCUGAACUGCAUCACACCCAAUUAUGAAAAAACAAAACACCACUGAGCCUUGUAUUGGUGACAAGGCAAAAAGUUCCCUCAUCAGCACACUACUCAUAUGUCUAUUGAUCCAAAAUGUUUCUUCAAGCAUUUGUCCAUCUUCAGAAGAAAUUCUUCCAUGCCGAUGUACCGUUCAAGAAAAAGAAAUACAUAUAUGGUGUUCACAUAGCAGCUUACCACAAAUUCUAAGCAGUAUCAAAGCAAUCGAAACAUACAUCAAGACUCCAAUAGAUGAACUUGUUUUGGAAAACAAUCAACUCCCAGCACUGCCAGGACGAUUUUUUGGCUCAUUACAAAUAGUUCGUUUAAUGCUUCGUCACAAUGGUGUAGAACGUGUUUCUAGUGGAUGGCUUAAUGAGUUAGAAAAUAGUCUUGUUGAGGUCUUUAUAGUUGAACCACGACUACGUAGCAUCCCAGGAGAAAGUCUAAAUGGUUUAAUAAAUCUCAUAGCCAUAACAAUUCAAAGUAAUGAGCUUAAAUACUUGCCUGAUUUUUCAGGACUCCUCAGUCUUAUGUACUUAAAUGUUCAGACUAAAGUCCUAACCGAGUUACAACCGCAAAUAUUUCGUCAUUUGCCAAAAUUACAACACAUUCACAUAAACGGUGGACCCAAUCUUAAUCGAUUACAGCCGGGACUAUUUAAAGACCUUGUUUCUGUGAAGACAAUUGAUUUGGCAAAGAAUGGAAUCAAUUGGAUACAUCUUCAAGGGUUAUAUCGAUUGCCGAAUCUUAUAAGCCUAAAGUUAUCUCACAAUGACGUAAGUGAUGUAACUAUGGUAAGUCGGUUGAUCAAAGGUCUUGGAAGUCUCAAAAAUCUGCGAUUAGACCACAACAUUGUGAAUAUUCUUUCAGAAAAUUCAUUCGUCGAUCUACCGAGCUUGACCGAAUUAUACCUCAAUGACAAUCAAAUUACUGAAAUUAAAUAUGGUGCUUUCUAUAGAACACCGAAUCUUAAAAGAGUCUACUUGCACAAUAAUCAUAUAAAGAAAAUCCACCCAGAGUCAUUUUUGCAGAAAUCCGGAACUGGCAUUGAGAACCUUUUUAUCUAUCAUAACGAGAUUGAACGCGUUGAUGAACUAAGAUCUCUUCUAGACUCUUUACCGACUCUGAAAUUCCUAGAUAUAAGCAAUAAUAACCUGGAAAGUAUUCCAUUUGGUGAGCUGAGAGGACAUGGAACACUAGAACAACUACAUUUAAACAACAAUAAUAUUCGAUCUAUUGGAAGAGAUGCUUUUAUGGCAAUGCCAGCUUUGAGAGAGCUUCGAUUAAGGAAUAACAGCCUUUCGGAAAAUUUACCAAGACCGUUUUGGAAUCUUCCCGGACUUAUGGGUCUCGAUUUAUCACAAAAUCUUUUAGAGAUCAUUGAUUCAUCACUUCUUGAUGGUCUUCCAUCCUUACGAAGACUAGAUUUGAGUGAAAACCGUCUAAGCAAGAUUAACCCAGACGCUUUUGAAAAUAAUCCAUUGCUAGAAACACUCAAUAUUUCGUCCAAUGGAAUUUCAUAUGUACAUCCUGAUACAUUUCGCAAUCUAAAUAGACUUUUUGAAGUCGACGCUAGCAUCAAUCGAAUGACCGAAUUCAUUGCCGGUCUUCCAAAUAUUGUAGAAAGAAUUUCCAUUAGGAAUAAUAUAAUCUCCAGUCUCCAUCCAACAAUUGGGAAAUUACCAAAUUUACGAAUGUUGGAUUUGAGUCAGAAUAAAAUCGAACACAUUCCAAGGAGAACAUUUCAAAUGACCACUGAGUUGCGAGUUCUAAGCCUUGCAGACAAUAAUCUUCGUAGUCUAGAUGGGAGUACCUUCGAAGGCGGGGAACGUAUCGAGCUAUUGAAUUUGCAAAAUAAUGAUUUAACAGAAAUCGAGGAUUACACAUUUUCUCUGAUGCAUAAUUUGAGAAAUUUGAAUUUGAAUGGCAAUAAAUUAGAGGCAAUUUCAGAUAAUAUGUUUGGCAAUAAUACAAAAUUAGAGCAGUUAAAUUUGGCAUUGAAUGUUAUUUGGAAUGUAUCGAACAGUGCAUUUGAGCAUCAGAAUUCAUUGGAAUAUUUGGAUUUAUCGGGUAAUAGAUUGAGUGGUAUGUCGGUGACGUUGGCCCGACUAAAGAGCAUACGUGAUGUUGAUUUGAGCUACAAUAACAUUGCCCAACUACGAACUGAUGUUUUGUCAGCUUGGAAAAAUGUCGAAGAAAUACGUCUUUCUAAUAAUCUUAUAACAUCAAUUCCAAGUGGAACGUUUCAAAAUCUGCCAAAGCUGCAAUAUCUUGAUUUAUCAAGCAAUGAAAUAAGUUCUUUUGAAACAGGUGCAGCGAAGAAUCUGCGAGAACUUCAAGAACUUGUAUUGGCUGAUAAUAAAAUAGUCGAUUUGAAACAUCGAGUUUUUGAAAAUCUACCCAAUUUAUUGGCAUUGCAUUUGCAACAUAAUCUGCUAAGAUUUAUUGCUCCAGAUAGUUUUUUUGAAUCGCCUUCGAUAGUGUUUUUGAAUUUGUCAAAUAAUAAUUUUUAUUCAAUGGAUAAUGUAGGAUUGCAUAAUAUGAAAAAUCUUGAAGUGCUUGAUUUGUCUAACAAUGCAAUAAGGAGUGUUUCUACAUUGCCAUUGCGAUCAUUAAGCUGGCUUGUGGAACUCAAAAUGGACAAUAAUCAGAUAUGUAAAGUACAGGGAUAUCCGUUUGAAGUAAUGCCAAGGCUAAGAGUUUUGUCGCUUCGAAAUAAUAAUUUCAGGACAUUAUAUGAGAAAACAUUUUCAACUCUUCGUGGGAACAUAGCAAUACUUGACCUUGAUGGAAACCCAAUGGUAUGUUCCUGUACAGUACAAUGGCUAAGUGCAUGGUUAGAAGAGACAGGUUUUCCAUAUCCCGGUCCAACAUGUCAAGAUGGCCAACUUUUACGAAACUUACGAACUGAGAAAAUGAAUUGCACCGAUGAUCAAAGAUCUUCAAACUAUCUGCCUCUAUACAACGAACAUGGUGAUGUAUUCAUGGGAGAAGGUCGAAAUGAGUUUAGGGAUGAAUGUGAUGCCCUGGGAGUUGAAGUUGAAAAUUACACUAGACCACUGCACACUGAUAGUGACUAUUUUUAUGAUCAAUUUGUUGAUUAUCCAGCAUUUAAUAAUACACUUUAUAGUGGUACUAAUAAUACCUCUUCUAAUCCGAAACCCUUAUCGGUGAAUCUUAAUAACGUUGCUCCAGCUUUAACUCACAAUAAUCCGAAUAUUCAUGGAAAUAUUGAUUUGACUAAAACUUUGUUGAAUACCAGUAUUCUAAACAGAUAUCCACUGAUACAACAACCACAGUCGCCGUUUACCUUCUUUGGCUAUCCGAUUCCUGCAUUAGGGAUGGGUGGAUUUUUGGGAUCUAAUUCACGCCGAGAUCAUGGCUACACAAAACUAGAAUCAACCAGAGGCAAGGUUCGAAUGCUUAAAGAUCCCUCUAGCAGUGAACUUGAGAAAUAUCUUGCACAAAAGACACAAUACCAUGGGAUCACAUCUCGCAGUCGGGGGGCUGCCGAGCCUGGAUCUGAAGAAUCGGGAAGCAAUGAAAAUCCUAACGUUUUUAAGACGUCACUCACUGAACCGCAUGUUCAAAAAGGUGGUUUUAAACCCAUUAUGCCAGAGCAUUUCGGUGGGUUCAUUCCCAUGACACCAACUUCAACCAAACAAAGUACCAAAAUUUACUUUGAACCAGAUGAAACGGAUGUAAUGCCAGUAAAUAACACAAGUGACACAAGUUCAGAAUCGUUUAUUUCCCUAGAAGAACCAACAACAACAUUAAAACCUUUGCCAUCCUACACGUAUUAUGUUACUGAAGAAGAGGCUCCAACGACAACUUCUAAGCCGGAAUUACAUUCAUUUGAAAGGAAAUUUGUAACCACAUCAGAAGCACCAAUAAGAGUAAGACCAGCGAAAGAUUCAUUUGAAAGGAAGUCAUUUAUCACAGAGAGUUCAAUACAAAUAAACUCGGAGUCAGAAGAAAUUCUCCUUGAAACAACCACUACCAAGACAAUUCUUUUGAUACCUCCUGAAGAAGAAUUGCAAAUUCCAUCAUACAAGGGUCUCUCAUCAAGGGAAUCAUCAUCUGCUUCUAUUAGUACAGAAAGGCAUGAUUCAAAUUCAAUAGAACACAUAACUCCGAGAAUUUUAAGCGGAAGACCAUCGAUUACAAAAGUUUUCACAGCUCAAACUCUUCAACAAUACUUGCCUUCAACUGAAGAAUAUUCAAAUUUAGAUUUAAUCGAUAAAAAAUCAAAGUAUGAAGCUGAUGUUCCUGUAACAGCUCCAUAUAAUAGAGAGUCAAAUAUUGCAAGGAAAGACGGAAUGGAUUGGUAUUAUAAAACCUAUAAAAAUCGAAAUCGUCUUGAACGACAUGAGAGAUUAGAAAACUCUUUUUAUAAUAAAAGUUCUAUAGUUUGUACAUCAAGUCUUUUAAUGAUUAUAUUAAAUUAUUUGUUAUAUUUAAAUUAAAAUUGAAAAUAAAUCUACGGCGAAUAUUUAUG